CUUUGUACCAAUUGAUUGGGAAAGCUCGAUAUCGAAUUCAGAGUUGGGCAUAUAUUAUUUAAGACUCCUCCUGUUACUAAUAAGGAGCCUUGAAUUCUUUUAAAUAUACGCAGAAUUAGCCCGACAUAUAUUUGGAGGCACUGCUGAGAGCGAGAUUAUUUUCUCAUAUUGGUACAAAUAGUGAAAAUCCAUUCCAAUACUUCUGUCAAGCUAAUUAUUUUGUUUAUUAAUUGAGACCAUGAGUGUUGCAAGCAGUGAGAAUGGGAAUACCCCAGAGCAAAUGAUCCACAGAAUUGUUGAAUUCAUAUAUACACGGGUAAAAUUUGAUCAAGGAAUGGAUGUUUGGAUUAAUGAUUUGAAGAGAAAUGCUAGAGCAGACCUUAAUGAUAUCUGGGCAACAGACGGCCUGGUUGAACGCUAUUUAACAUGUAUGAACUUAGCCUCUAACAGUUCAGAAAAAGAAAAAAAAUUAAUAUGUGCCCUACCUCCUGUUUUAUAUGCAUUAAUGGAGGUAGAUACCCUAUCAAAAGCUAGAAAAGAAAAUGUAGAAAAAUUGAGGUCUCAGUUACAUGAGAUAGAAUCAGAUAUCCAACAUAUGAAAUCUGAUAAAAACCAAUUAGAGAUAGAUAUCUCAAACAAGGAAGCUUUUAUUAGGGAUUUAGAAACUGAUGCUGAACGUAGUCGCAUAGCAUACUGUAAGCUCAGAAAGGAUUUCGAAGAAUUACAGCAACAGCACAUUAAAAGUCAACAGUCAGGUGUAUAUGGUGUGGAGAGAUCUCCUGAUCCUCCAAUAAUCACUCCCCAAUAUAAAAAUUGGGCACCAUAUAUUUCUAGAGCCAAAUCAAUUGAUAAUGUUGAUUCAGAGGCACAAGAUGUUUUGGGCCGGUUGGCUGAAGCUUGCCAAGCUGUGACCACCUUAAUAGGUAAUCACAGAACAAGGGUUCUUAGAGAUUCUUCCUCAGACACGUCCCCAGAGAGGAAUGUGAGGAAUGUGCGAAAUCAAACACCUAUAUCAAAUGUAUCCCAUAAAAGUAGUGUUUCCAAUACUGAUGCAAGUGAAGUUGAGAGUGAUGAGAGAGCAUGGGGAUCCGGUCCUUUCCCAAACAGGGGGAAGAAUACCCAUAAGAGGGGUUCAAAAGGGAAAAAUCCCCAAUCUCCAAAAGAAAAACAAAAUUCUGCCAGCAUAAUUAAAUUUUUAAAUACUGCUAUACCAAAAUUUUCUAAGAAAGGUUCUUCCCAAAUUGCAAACCACUUAGAACUAUAUGAAUCUACUAUAGAUUCAUUAAAAUUAUCUGAGGCAGACAAAAUCAGGUUUCUUCCAUGGGCCUUUGAUGACAGAUACCGUCAUUACUUUUCCUCCUUUAAAGAGAGAGGAAUCACCAAAUGGCAGUCAGUCCUACAUGAAAUUAAAUCAGAAUUUGGGCCCUAUCGAACUAUCACUGCCGCAAAGAGAGAAAUUUAUAAACUUACAUGUAGAUCUAAUCAAAGCCCUCGAGAAUUUCUCUCUGUACUUAAAAAUGCCUAUGGUUUAGCUUACAGAAACCCCGAUUGGGAAUCUGUGGAAUUUAAACAAGUAUUCUAUGAGGCCUUACCAACCCAGAUCAAAUUAAGUCUAGCUCAUGAUCUGGAUUUUGAAAACCCUCUAGAAAGAUUGGUAACAUCAGCAACUUUGCUGUUUAACAUUAGUGAGGGCCAAAACUUAAAUGAUAGAAAAUUUAAAAAAUUCCCAGAGCACAAUGUUGAUGAGUCCGGGGUAAAAUCUCAUUUAAAUUUUGAGUCCCAGCCAAAGAAAAUACCUUCAGCCACUGGACCUAAUCAACAAAACCAAAAACAACUAAAUACCAGAAACACUAAACCUCAAAUUGCCAAGGGGUCAGAAGGAAAUAGUUCAGGUUCUGGAAGCCAAGAUUACCGUCCUCGUUUCAACCAAGGGUACCAUGGAUACCGAGGUAACCAAAGAUAUGGGGGUUACCAAGGAUACAGGGAUCCCCAGGGAUACAGACGUUGGAACAAUAGGCCCAGGCAGCAAUGGAGAAAAGGGCAGGAAUCACCAGAUUCACCCAGGGGUAAAUCACCCACAGGGAACCAAAAUGGUCCACGGAAUCAAAACCCAGGUAGACCUAGCAGAUUUGAUCAGCUUGCAGAUCAGGUUUCCAAGUUAACUGACAUUGUAAGUAAAUUAUCUCAAGUUUCUGCAGGAAAACAACCUGAAGUUUUUUUAGAGGAAAAAGCGGGGCCAAGCUCCGCCAAAUAAAGGAAGCAGAACCAAAUUGCUAUAUGGAAAUGGACAGGAAAGAAUUAAAUACAGUCAAUGAUCAUGUUUUGCAUUGCCCCGACCCUGAAUUCAGGGCCGGGAAGGGAAAAUCUAAUAUUUCAUCUGUUUUACAGCCUAAUAAGGACAAUUCUUAUAAUCCGGUGUUAUUUGAACCAGUGUGUGAAGUACCUUCGGUUCAGUCUGUUCCAUUAAUAGAGUCCAUAGGAACACAAAUGCCCUGCAGACAGAACAAGGAGGAGCAAUCUCCAAAUAUCCUGACGCUGCAGAGAGAUCACUUUUUAAAUCAACAGAUGAUAAAACACUCCAAUUUCCUCUGUAAUCUCUUACAGUUAGAUGGCUGGUAUUUUAUAGAUAUUUGUCUCCAGGAUGGAUGUGUCGGACCAAUCCAAGGUUUAUUGGAUACCGGAUCUCAGGUCACUAUUUUGUCUUUCAGCUAUUUCCAACAGAUCUUAGAGUCCUCAAAGAAUAAACCGAGAUUGACGGUAUUUGAUGGAUCUCUGGUAAGUGUAGGUGGUGAUAGUCUACAAGUGAAAGGCAAGUCCUGGCUGACAUAUAAGAUUGGUAAAAAGACCAUUAGACAUCCAACAUUGAUUGUAGAUCUUCCAUAUGAUCGGCUGAUCAUUGGAAUUGAUCUGCUCAAAAGGUUAAGAUCCAUAAUUGACUUUAUUAAUGAAGCAAUAUGGACUCAGGUAAAAACCCCAAUCUCUUUUGAACGUUCCCACAAUGCAAAACCGCAAAAUAGUUGCCAUAUGAUUGAAGAAAGACCUAAUUCUGUCGAAAUCCAUUUCCGGAACAGUCAGGUACCAGAUGUCUCAAUCCUAAAAAACGGUAAACCUGAAGAAAGCAUUAAUACUUCCUUCCACAUCAUUAAUAUCCAAAAGGACAAAAUUGAAAAGAUAAUCCUAGAGGAUGAUGUGUUAACCAUUUCUCUUAAAGGGGGAAAUCGGGAAGUAGCAGGCAUAACCAGACAUAUCCAAUCAUUGGUUAAAAUCGAGAAGACCAAUGAUACUAUGCUGGUUCCCGUACAGGUAAAUAAUAUUGCCCGGGUGAAAUAUGCCAAGCUGGAUCUCAAAUCCGAAGUCAGCUAUAUAAGUUUAGGACUUCUAAAGCAGGUUACAAAUCCUCAGAUGAUUAAAUUUUCUUCCUUACAGGAAUGGGUUUAUGACCUGGACAAAGACGACCAGAGUCAAAAUGUGAUUGCAAAAUGCAUUUUAUCUAUCUCCCUAGGAAACAAAUCUGCGGAACACGUUUUCAAUGUGUUAAAGGAACCACAAUAUCAAAUGUAUUUAGGAAAUGACAUUAUACAUCGAUUUGCCAUACAGGUUGAUUUGAUCAAUAAUGUUUUGUGGUCCAGACUAUCAGGGAAUCCAGAGGAAUUCCAGGAUAAAGAACAAGCCUUGAGAUGGGGACAACAAAUACCCUAUGCAGUGGAUAUCUUAGUCGCCGGAAAGGUCCCUAUAUAAUCACUGAUAAAUUAUCUCCUGUGGUUUAUAAAGUUAAAAUUCCUAAGGGGGAUGAUUUUGUUGAAAAAUGGGUGCACAUUAACCAAUUAGGUGUUUGUCAUCCUAGCCAACAGCUUCGGAGAAUAGAGCAAGUCGAGAGCUGAGUAGUAAGAAAUCAGGAGAUUUUAGUUAAAGAUAGAAGUAGAGAUUAAUAUUGUAUAUAGAUGUUGUAUCAUGAUAUGCCUAUGUCUCUCUCUACCUUCUAAAUAUCCUUUAUCUUCUCAGUGAACUGAAACUUGCUAUGUAUAUAUGACGGCUGAACCUAAUGAUUUCUUUUGAUUAUCUAUAGGCGCAAAGAUGCCAUCCAAGGUGAUCGCUAUUUUAUAUGCAGUCCUGAUCUUGGGGAAAGAGUUACACGCUGAGCGGAUUGUGAUGCCAGGUCCAUCAUCCGGGAUCAUGCUACAGGAUACGGCGGGAUUCAUCAUGACCAACAAGAGAAUCUUGUCCCAGAAGAUUUAUAUGAGCCUAGAUCCACGUUGUGUCAUCGAAAGACAAGUCAAUGUAUCCAAUAUUCGAUCACCGGAGAUUCAAACAUGGUACCAGCUGCAUAUUGAAUAUUCACAAAAGCGGAUUACUCAAAUCCUGGAGCAAACCCGGAAAACUUUAAUCAGAGAGCCUUUUUCGUCAAACCAAAGACCAAAACGGUUUAUUUCUGCUGUUGUUGCUGCUAUAAUCUUUGCAGUAGUAGGAAAUGUGUUUGCAACCGGAGUAACAAUCGCUAAUUCCAUAUCCCUUAAAACCAUGGAAUCUGAGAUUAAUUCACUAAAGACUAAUUUACAACAUAUUCAUGCAGAGAUGGAAAGACAAAAGAAAGAUUUAACAGACUUGUAUACCGUUGUGGAAGACACUGUCAUUGCUACGAACUUGCACUCUAAAUUAUUAAACCACUCGAUAAAUCUUCACCAAAGUCAUGAACUGUUUAA